GAAUUUAGGCAGAAUAGCAUGGCUAAUUAGGUAAAAAUACAGUCUACGGAAAUGACUAAUAUGCCCUUACUUUCAUUACAUGUCUAUUGGUAACUUGUCUCUAGUAUAUAAUCAUCUCUGGUACUUUGUUAUCAGCCCAUCUUGGCCCCCAUUUCAACAGAUUUUAACAUGCUCUUCUCUCAAAACCCCUCAAAAUCGCACCUGCCAAUCUCUCCGAUUCAACACUUCUAAGGCUCGCCAAGUACCUAAUGGAGAGCACUGACUCGUCUUCCGGCUCGCAACAGCCUAACCUCCCACCGGGGUUCAGGUUCCAUCCUACUGAUGAAGAACUUGUAGUUCACUACCUCAAGAAAAAGGCCUCCUCUGCUCCUCUUCCUGUAGCAAUUAUCGCAGAAGUUGACCUUUACAAGUUUGAUCCCUGGGAAUUACCGGCGAAGGCGACUUUCGGCGAGCAAGAAUGGUACUUUUUUAGUCCUAGAGAUCGGAAGUACCCCAACGGUGUGAGGCCAAACAGGGCAGCAACUUCAGGGUAUUGGAAAGCCACCGGAACUGAUAAGCCGGUAUUAACUUCUGGGGGUACUCAAAAGGUUGGUGUUAAGAAAGCUCUUGUUUUCUACGGAGGGAAGCCCCCGAAAGGGAUCAAGACCAAUUGGAUCAUGCAUGAGUACAGAUUAGUAGAUAACAAAGUCAGUAACAAGCCCCCAGGAUGUGACUUGGGUAACAAGAAAAACUCCUUAAGGCUUGACGAUUGGGUGUUGUGUCGAAUAUACAAGAAAAAUAACACACAUCGACCAAUGGAUCACGACAAAGAUGAUUCUAUGGAGGAUAUGCUUGGAUCGAUACCACCUUCGAUAUCAAUUGGUACCCAACAGAAUACGAAAUUGCAGCUCUUAACAGGCACAAACUAUGGAGCAUUGGUUGAAAAUGAGCAGAAUUUGUUCGACGGAAUGCUAAGCAACGAUGGUAUUAGCAACACUAACUCUCUCUCUCACUUGGCCUCUUCAACCGCUAGACCUGCAGAGCUAUCUAUGCUUCCUCUCAAAAGAACACUUCCAUCUCUUUAUUGGAACGAUGAAGACGAGGACGGACCUUCAUCAAGCAAGAGGUUUCAUGGGGAUAAUGGAGAUGGUGUGAGGACUGAUGGGAACAGUUCCAUGGCCCCUCUGCUUAGCCAGCUGCCACAAACACCACCGUUGCACCAACAGACAAUGCUGGGGUCUAUUGGAGAUGGAAUUUUUAGGCCACCAUACCAGCUUUCAGGCCUGAAUUGGUACUCUUGAGUCUCGAUUCAUUUCAAGAUGGAGGAAGCUAGUUGUGAUAUUCAUAUGUAGAGUGUUUGAUUAGCUCUAUUCAGGAUAGCAAGGACUCAUAAAUCAUAAUCAGCAAAAUGACAUGUUAUAUACUUGUUCAUAAGUAUACAGUUGCAACUAGUUGUAUCAGCUUCAGAUUGGGAUUGUUGAGGUUUCAGUUGUUAGGGAUGAGAUCAGAGAGUAAUUCAUUGGUCUCCAGCAUCUUCAAGGUGACACGUAGCUGCCGGUUUCAGGUGAGGCCAUCGAUACUCUCAUUUAUAUGUGUACACUUACAUAUAGGUUCAUGUAUAUAAUAUAAAGUUCAUAAGGCAUACAUAUUUGGUUGUUAUAAUUAGGAACUCAAAGGGAAAAGUUGAGAUCUUCAUCUUCAUGUAGAAAAUUAAAUAAAUUUGAUAAAUGAUAUAUGUAUAUAUUUUUUUUGCUUUUGGGUGUAUACGUUUAACCUUGUAUAACUGUCAUUAUUAGUUAAUCAAUUUAAGAUAUUAUAAUUCUUGGUCGUUUUUCAUGUUUGUUCUGCAUAUGAUGGUUAACAAGAUCGUCUACUGAAUUGCUUUUGAUCAAUCAAUCAUACUUGCAUGUAAAGAAAUCAUUUUUU